AUGGCUGGGCCCGCGUCGUCCACGUCUGCGUCUAACGCUGAUGUGGCACAGUCCUUGAAGGUCGCUCUUAACGCAAUUGAUGCCGCUGAUCCACAACUGAGAGAGCUCAACCGGACAAUUCACGGCAACCCGGAACUGGCGUAUAAGGAAUUCUUCGCUGUGAAGACCAUCUCUGCCUUCCUGCAAAAGGAAGGCUUUUUUGUCACCGAGCACACAUACGGUCUCGAAACAUCCUUCACGUGUGAAGUCGGCAAUGGAGGGCCCCUGGUCAUCAUCUGCGCAGAAUACGAUGCUUUGCCAAACAUCGGCCACGCCUGUGGCCACAAUCUGAUCGCCACGUCCUCGAUCGCAGCAUUCCUCGGCGCCGCAGCAGCGUUGAAAUCCUCCGGCUUACCGGGGCGGAUACGUCUUCUCGGCACGCCCGCCGAGGAAGGUGGCGGGGGGAAGUGCAAACUGAUCGACGCCGGCGCCUUUCGCGAGAAAGACAUCGUGGCUGCGAUUAUGGCACACCCAGUCACGGCUCACCAGUUCCGCGGCGGGUACACGGGACUGGCGGGGUUGAAAUUCAUCGCCUCCCACAAAUUCCGGGUCGAGUACCGUGGCAAACAGGCCCACGCCGCCGGCGAACCGUGGAACGGCGUCAAUGCCCUCGACGCGGCCGUGGCGGCGUACAACAGUGUGUCGAUGCUGCGGCAGCAGAUGAGACCGGACGAGCGCGUGCACGGCGUCAUUGAGGAUGGCGGGACGGUGCCCAAUGUCAUUACCGCCUACACCAGGAUGAAUUGGUAUGUGAGGGCCCCGGACAUGGUGAGGGCGGACAAUUUGCUGCACAAGGUCAAGAAGUGUUGUGAGGCGGCAGCCGCAGCCACGGGCUGUGAGAUCAGUUACAUUCCGGCCCCUUCAUAUAAGAAUCUCCGGGUGAAUCUGCCCCUGUGCCGACAAUACGUCGAGGACAUGGCGACGCUGGGGGAGAAGAUCAUGGUCAAGAAUGAUGAGUCGUACACAGCGUCGACGGACAUGGGAAACGUCUCGUUCGAGGUCCCGAGCUUCCACGGCGCAUUCCCCAUCCCCACGGACGCGAACGUCUCAAUGCAUCAUCCGCGCUUCGCCGGACACGCGGCAACAGACGAGGCGCACAGGGCGGCGAUCCAAUGCGGCAAGGGGAUGGCGAUGCUGGCGUUACGCGUACUCACCGACCCGCGUCUCGUGGAAGAAGCAAGGAAAGAUUUUGAGAACUUGGACGACUGA